CACAAAAGUUAUUAUUAACUUCUGUAUGUGCAUUCAUUUUAGAGAGAGAAACAGUCAAUAGAAAUGUUUGCUGCUAUCAGUUUCCAGAGAGAGAAUAUUCGGCGAUGCGGCUGAAGAUCGGAGACUCCGAAACCCUAACCCUAGCUCAAACGUAUGCCGUCUCCACCCGACAGGAGCCCGGAUUCAAACCUGGACCGGAAGAAAACGCCGGCUGUAAAAAAGAACCGGCGUUCAAGCUGGUCCGGCCCAUGGUUGUCCUCUAAUGAGGCCUUGAAGAAUGUAGUCCUCAAAAUGCGCCUCCAGUCUCUUUCAAACUCCUCCUCCACUACCCCUCCUUCCGAGUCCGAACCCGAACCCGAGUCCGACCCGUUUAAUUCUCGACCGAUUAGCCAUGGGAACGCCGCACCUGAUUACUCAUCUAUGCUUUCUGAUAAGUUAUUAUUGAAAAUCCUCUCAAAAAUAUCUGACAAGAAACAGCAUAUUUCGAAUUCAUUGGUGUGCAAGAGGUGGUGUAUGCUAAGUGGAAAAUUGAUUAAUUCUAUCAAGUUGUUGGAUUGGGAGUUUUUGGAAUCGGGUAGGCUUAGUUUUCGGUUUCCUAAUUUAGUUGAUGUUAAUAUUGUGCCCUCUUGUAUUAAAUCUGAACGGAAUUCCGGGAUUUUGUUGAGUAACAGAUUAUGUUCCGUUUAUUUGGACUCGGAGGUUGGGGAAAAUGAGGGGUUUCUGGUUAAGAAAGGGGACGUUUUAGGCUCUGAUGUAGUUGACAGAGGGGUGAGGAUAUUGGCGGAGGGGUGUGGAAACUUGAGGAAAGUGGUUUUGAUGAAUGUGAGUGAGGAGGGGUUGCGUAUUUUAGCAGAUGAAUGCGAGUUGCUGCAGGAAAUGGAAUUGCUCUGUUGUGGAGAUUCAUCUUUAAAGGGAAUUUUCAAGUGUCAGAAUUUGCAGAUGCUGAAAUUGGUUUCACAUCUUGAUGGGAUAUAUGAUUCAGUGGUGUCAGACAUAGGGAUGACAAUUUUGGCACAGGGGUGUAGGCGAUUAUUGAGGCUCGAGUUAGUUGGAUGCGAAGGGAGUUAUGACGGGAUUAAAGCAAUAGGUCACUGUUGCCAGAUGUUAGAGGAGUUAGUGCUUUGCGAUCAUAGUAUGGAUGGUGGAUGGUUGUCGGCUUUGUCAUAUUGCGGGAACCUGAAGACUUUGAGGAUUCAGUCUUGCAAGAGUAUUGAUUCAAAUCCGGGGCCAGAUGAGUAUUUGGGUUAUUGUCCAACUCUGGAAGAGUUGCAUGUGCAACAAUGUCAGAUGCGGGAAAAACUGGGCGUAAGAGCGUUGUUUCUAGUGUGUCGGACUGUUAGGAAUAUAGUUUUUGAGGAUUGUUGGGGAUUGGACAACAGUAUAUUUAAUGCUGCAAGUAUUUGCAGGAGUGUAACAUAUCUCUCGCUGGAAGGAUGCUCAUUACUGACAAUGGAAGGAUUAGAAUCAGUAAUUCCUUUUUGGAAAAAGCUUGAUAGGCUUAGAGUAGUUGCAUGUAACAAUAUAAAGGACAGUGAAAUAACACCAGAAUUAGCGACUUUAUUCUCUGUUCUCAAAGAGUUGAAAUGGCGACCAGAUUCCAGGUCUCUAAUGGAAGCAGGGCUUGCAGGGACAGGAGUGGGACAAAAAGGUGGUAGAUCAUUGAGGAAGUGACAGUUUUAGGCACUAAUACAUACGGAGAAACUGCAGGCUGAAUAAAUGCCAAGCUAUUUCAAAUGUCAACUGUAAAGGGUGUCUGCAUGAUGAACUAACAGCCUCAAGACAGUAUUUUGGACCUCAUGUUGAUUAAGAGUGAGCGAAUACCUUUUAAUUUUGAGCUUCACAGGGGAGCUAAUCAUUCUAGGUUAUCAGAUUUUCUCUCAAAAUAAUUGUGGUUAGCCUUUUUUUCCCAAGAAUAGAAUCGACUCAUUCAAUGUGUUUAAUUAGAUUCAGCUGUUUCUCCUGUUAUCCAUAAAGUUAAGGAACUAUUCUUGUAGCAAAAGUUGUACUUGUGUUGAGUUUCUAGGAAUAAAAUAAAAAAAUCUAUGCUUCUCUUAA